GUGAGGACAUGAAAACAGAAACUUCAGAUGGAGAGACAGAAGGCAGUGUUAAGAAAGAGGAGACCCUGGAGCCAAGCAUCAGUAACUAUGGAAACAGCUUAAUCAACACACCUGAAGUUAAAAUCCCCAUUAAAAAUGAAGAAGCUGAUGAUAAAGACUUCCUCUAUUGUGAAGCUUGCCAGUCCUACUUCUUUAAAAAGUGUGAGGUUCAUGGUCCAGCAGCCUUCAUUCCUGAUACUCCUGUUCCCAUGGGGGUCGCUGACCGAGCCAGACAAACUCUUCCUUCUGGAUUAGAGAUUCAGAAGUCCAGUAUUCCUGACUCAGGUCUGGGUGUGUUUAAUAAGGGGCAGACUGUUCCAGUGGGUGCACACUUUGGACCCUAUCAAGGACAGAUGGUAGACAGAGAAGAAGCCAUGAACAGUGCCUACUCUUGGGUAAUAUACACAAAUAAUCAGUGCGAAGAAUACAUAGAUGCCAAGAGAGACAUGCAUGCUAACUGGAUGAGGUAUGUAAAUUGUGCUCGUCAUGAUGGAGAAUGCAAAAUCUUGUGGCCUUUCAGUAUCAAGGACGCAUUCUGUAUCGUUGCUGUCGACCCAUUUAUCCAGGACAAGAGCUUUUGGUGUGGUAUGUAA